AUGAUAGCCGUUGGACUGUUGGCUCUGGUAUCCCUUUCUGGACUGUUCUCUGUCUCCGUCCCAUUCCACCCCCUCUCCGAUGAAUACAUCGACCACAUCAACAGUCUGCAGACCACCUGGAAGGCUGGUAGGAAUUUUCCCAAAGACAUGUCCCUGUCCCAGAUCAAGCGUCGCCUGGGAGCACUCGAGAGCGAAAACCCGGUGAAUUUACAGACAGUUCACCACGUCAAAGCCGAUGACGAGGUCAUUCCUGAUACCUUCGACGCUCGAGAAAAGUGGCCGAAUUGUGAGUCGAUCAGAUUGAUCAGAGAUCAGUCAGAAUGCGGAUCAGGCUGGGCGGUAGCUACUGCAGCUGCCAUGUCUGACAGAAUCUGCAUCUCUUCGAAUGGAACCGAUCAAACUUUGGUUUCGGACGAGGAUCUUAUGUCCUGCUGCUCGGAGUGCGGCAAUGGAUGCAAUGGUGGAUAUCCACUUCAAGCUUGGCGAUACUGGCGAAGAACAGGAAUCGUCACUGGAGGUCCAUACAACAGUACAACUGGGUGCAAAGCCUACUCCCUGCCUCCCUGUGAACACUAUGGCACCACUGGCGGUCUUCCCCAAUGCCCAUCUGAGAGCUACUUCACCCCCGAUUGCGUUGGAAGUUGCGAUAAAGGAUCCACUCUCUCCUACAACGACUCAAAAACCUAUGCUGCGCAGGCGUACACUAUUACUGGAAAUGUCGAGCAGAUCCAGUUGGAAAUACUGAGAAAUGGUCCAGUGGCAGCUAUCUUCACCAUGAAUAGCGACUUUUUGAAUUACAAAAGCGGUGUUUACCAAGAUAUUUCGUUAGACUAUUUUGGAACAAAAGCAGUCAGAGUGAUUGGUUGGGGUGAAGAGAACAAUGUUCCUUACUGGCUUAUCACCAACUCCUGGAACGAAGACUGGGGAGACAAAGGAACCUUCAAAAUUCGACGUGGAACGAACGAGUGCCGAAUCGAAAGCCAAGUUUCAGCUGGUCUGCCAAGAUUG